AUGGCAGAGAAGAGCAAUGCCCUAACAUUCAAAGAGAUUGAGCUCCAAGUAGAUCAUUUGCUCUUCCUGGCCUCCCUCCAGCGUCAACUUGUUUCUAAAUCAACUCCAAAUCAACAUGUGUUUGUGUUUUUGCUUGAGAGAGCUGCCACCAUUUUUCUAGUGCUCUACAAUUGGGCUACAAACUAUUGGUAUAUAGCUAUGGCUUCCUUGGUGAUAUCUGCCAGAUGCAAGAUAUUGGAACGUAUGUUCUUGUUGGAGCGGCUAGCAGUCAUUGUGUUUGUUUUGUAUCCAAGAUCUGCAACUCCUUUUGCUGAUUUCUUCUGUUUUUCUUGUAUCUUGGACCUAAUUCGCUCUGCCUUGCGGUUAAAUCCUAAUGGAACUGAGCAGGGUGAUGGCUAUCUAUUUCAGAUUGAGCGAGCCAUGGCGAUUCUUUUGAAACUCCACUGUACCAAACGAAACAUAUUCAUAGCAAGAGAAACUGAAAUUGAAGAAGAAUCAGCAAAGGAAGAAAAUACCAAAUGGGAAGAGGGUUUGGUGGAAGCUGAUGGCCAGCUGAAAGGAAAGGCUGAAAGUGCAGCAGGAGCAUCAAAAGGAGAAAAUAACAAAUGGGAAGGGGAUUCGAUGCAAGAAGACGAGGACCAAUUGAAAGAAAAGCCUGAUACUGAAGAAGAAAACACGAAACGGGAAGAUGAUCUUCUAGAAGUUGAUGACAGUUGGGAAGAUUUGAAUUCACUGGAAGAAGUUGAUGAUAGUUGGGAAGAAGAAUUGGUGGAAGCUGAUGAAAUUGAUAGUGUCAGUGAGAUAACAAAUUUGAUGAAGAAGGGAGAAGUUGAGGGCAACGAAGAAGUUGAGAGAUUGAGGGCUGAAAAUGAAAGUUUGAAGAGAGAGAAGUAUCUGUUGAGGCAGAGACUGGAAAGAGAAAGAGAAGCAUAUGAACAAGAAUACAAGAAUAUGUUGAAGAAAAUGCAAGAGGAAUUUGAGGGAACAUUGAUGUUAGAGAGACAACUUUCCACAAUAGGUUGUCACAAUGGUUAA